AUGGUUCAUGACACUAAGUAUUAUGAUAUUUUGGAAAUAUCGCCAAAUGCUACAGAAGCUGAAAUUAAAAAGGCCUACAAAAAGACUGCUUUAAAAUAUCAUCCUGAUAAAAAUCCUGAUGGUGCUGAGAAAUUCAAAGAAGUUUCUGCUGCUUAUGAAGUUUUAUCCGAUCCUCAAAAGAAAGAAAUUUAUGAUAAAUAUGGUGAGGAAGGACUUAAAGAAGGUGGAAUGGGAAGUAGUGGUGGUUUUGAUCAUGCAUUUGAUCUUUUUGAUAUGAUGUUUGGUGGUGGAAGAGGAUCUAGAAGUCAACGUACCAAAGCUGAAGAUAUAUUUUUCCAGAUGAAAGUUACUUUAAAAGAAGUAUAUAAUGGAACUAAAAAAAAGUUAAAGAUAACUAGAAAGGUUAAAUGUAGUAAAUGUAAUGGCGUUGGUGGUAAAAAUGUUAAAUCAUGUCCAGGAUGCAGUGGUAAAGGAAUAAAGUUAAAAAUUGUUCAGAUUGGACCCGGUAUUGUAACUCAAUCUCAAGAAGCUUGUAGGCAAUGUCAAAGAACUGGUGAAAUUUUUGACAGCAAAUGUUCAGUUUGUGAUGGAAAUAAAUUAGUAUCAGUAACAGAGGUUGUCGAUGUUAUAGUAGAAAAAGGAAUGAAAGAUGGCGAGAAAAUUGUUAUUAAUGGUAAAGGUAUGGAGGAUCCCAAGCUUGAAACCGGAAAUUUGGUUAUCAAACUUGAACAAGAAGAAGAUCCAGUUUGGGAGAGAAAAGAAGACAUUCUUAUAAUUGAACAAAAAUUAGACCUUGUUGAAGCUUUAUGUGGUUGCACAAAAUAUAUUGAAACAUUAGACGGUCGUAUUUUAGAAUAUCAUUUAAUCCCAGGAGAGGUUGUUCAACCAAAAUCUUUAAAACUUAUAAGAAAUGAGGGUAUGCCUUAUAGAAAAUGUCCUAGUGAUAAAGGAAAUCUUAUGAUUAUAUUUGAUGUUGUAUUCCCUAAAUCAAUUACUGAAGACAAAAUUAAAACAUUGAAAGAAUUAUUACCACAACCAAAAGAAAUUGAGAUUCCUGAAAAUGCUGAAACUGUUUUUGUGUCAGAAUAUCAUGUUACAGGAAUGGAAAGCCAAAUGCAGGAAGAUGAUGACGAUCAACAUCAUGAACAUGGAAGAACUCAGUGCACAACUCAAUAA